AUGAUAAUGAAGACUUAUCAUCUACCCAAGUCUAUAGUCUUAGACUAUGAUGUACAGUUUACGAGCCACUUCUGGAAGACUCUUUGGAGCUUACUUGGGACUAAGCUCAAGUUCUCCACUACUUACCACCCACAAACUGACGGCCAGAUCGAGGUUGUCAAUCAUAGCUUAGGGAAUCUACUUCGGUCAUUAGUCGGUGAGAGCUUAACCACUUGA